AUGAGGAAACCUGAAAACUUAUAUCAGUAUAUCAUUGCUAUUGAAGCAUUUAGAUCUGUUGGAGCAAUAGAUAGAGAAUAUAUGAUGAUGGAAAUGUUCCUAGAUGUUGUCAGGUCCAAAGAAACUUGUAUCAAUUUGACAAAUGACCCAGAGCCUGAAGAAGACACAGAUAACUAA